CAACUCUCAGUUCUCUAUAAAAAUAAGACAACAGUCCGGUUAUUUACUUGCAAUUGUUUCACGCCAGACGAACGUCUCGGUAGCGUCCAACCGUGUUUUGUGUGUGUUGUACUGUGCCUUCUAGUGAUAUUUUAAUCACUGUUUUAGCAAAUCGUUGGCUCCAGUGUACCAGUGCCAGUGAAAAGGAAAACAAAUCCCAUCAGCAAUGUCGCGCAAUCCGGCCGAAAACCAGCUGAACGCAUACAAGGAUGCCCAGAAGGAUAAGGUGACGGCUACGAUGAGCCAUGGUGCUCCCGUCGGUACCAAGACCGCGUCGGAGACGGCAGGUCCGCGCGGUCCGGUGCUGCUGCAGGACGUUCACCUGAUCGACGAGCUGGCCCACUUUGACCGUGAGCGUAUUCCGGAGCGCGUUGUGCACGCUAAGGGAGCCGGUGCGUUCGGUUACUUCGAGGUUACCCACGACAUCACGCAGUACUGCGCCGCCAAGCUGUUCGAGAAGGUUGGCAAGAAAACGCCACUUGCCGUACGCUUCUCUACCGUCGGCGGCGAGAGCGGCUCGGCCGAUACGGUACGCGAUCCGCGCGGUUUCGCCGUCAAGUUCUACACGGACGAUGGGGUGUGGGAUAUGGUCGGCAACAAUACGCCCAUAUUCUUCAUCCGUGAUCCGGUGCUAUUCCCGAGCUUCAUCCACACGCAAAAGCGCAAUCCCGCCACCCACCUGAAGGAUCCGGACAUGUUCUGGGACUUUAUUUCGCUGCGACCGGAGACGACGCACCAGACGAUGUUCCUGUUCUCCGACCGGGGCACUCCGGACGGUUACCGUUUCAUGAACGGGUACGGUUCGCACACGUACAAGCUGGUCAACGCGGACGGCAAGCCAGUGUACUGCAAGUUCCACUUCAAGACGGACCAGGGCAUUAAGAAUCUGGAUCCGGCCCGUGCGAACGAGCUGACCGCCACCGAUCCGGACUACAGCAUUCGCGACCUGUACAAUGCGAUCGCCAAGAAGGACUUCCCCAGCUGGACGCUCAAGGUGCAGGUGAUGACGUUCGAGCAGGCCGAAAAGGUUCCGUACAAUCCGUUCGAUCUGACCAAGGUUUGGCCGCAGAGCGAUUUCCCGCUCAUUCCGGUCGGUCGUAUGGUGCUGGACCGCAACCCGAACAACUACUUCGCCGAGGUGGAACAGGCCGCGUUUGCCCCAUCUCACCUGGUGCCCGGCAUCGAGCCGUCGCCCGACAAGAUGCUGCAGGCGCGUCUGUUCGCUUACGCCGAUACGCACCGUCACCGCGUGGGUGCCAACUAUCUGAUGCUGCCGGUCAACUGCCCUUACCGGGUAGCGACCCGCAACUUCCAGCGCGAUGGGCCGAUGAACUGCACCGACAAUCAGGGCGGCGCGCCGAACUACUUCCCGAACUCGUUCAGCGGUCCGCAAACCUGCCCGAGGGCGCACAAGCUGCAGAACACGCCGCUGAAGCUGUCGGGCGAUGUUAACCGGUACGAAACGGGAGAUGAGGACAAUUUCUCGCAGGCGACCGUGUUCUACCGUCGCGUGCUGGAUGACGCUGGCCGCCAGCGCCUGAUCAAUAACAUCGUGGGACACCUGAAGGAUGCGUCGCCGUUCCUGCAGGAACGUGCGGUGAAGAAUUUCGCCAUGGUUGAUGCCGAUUUUGGCCGUCACCUUUCCGAGGGACUGAAGCUGCGCCGCACGGCCAAUCUGUAAGGUGAAAGACGAUCGACGCGGAUGUAGCAAAGCAAACAUUCGGUAUCGUUCAACAUUCUAUCAUGCACCGGUAAAGAAGCAUACAAUUAUUACGGUGCCGCCAGUGAGAGGAGAAGCGGCUCAAGAAGCUGCCGGCAAUAGCUUCUGCUUAGGAUUUACACCAGCUAGAGGGAAAUGGGGCUUACGUUAUUCUGUACUUUUGAUCUUCUUUUCUUUGUAUUUGGCAUGCAAUUGCUUAGACCCCAUGUAAGUGCAUCCGAGUGCAAUAUUUCCUAUGCGAGUGCCAGACACUCGUGUAAUUGUUAUUUUUGUAAACAAUUUUAUCAAUAAAAUCUAAUAAAAUCUUAUGGUUUUAUAAAAA